GAGGGUACGAUAAUCGCGACUCCGUCCCCGCCCCUCCCCCUGAGGGGACGCGGCCUCGCGGGGCCGGGACGGUCCAGGAAGCAAAAAAAAAGCCUUAUUUAUUAUCAUUUUCCCCACUGUUGGCAUGGCAACACAGGCGUACGUUACGGAAUUACAGGCAGUCCAACAACAGUCACAACAGCCACAACAGCCGCAGCAGCAGCCAGCAGCAACGGCAGCCACAACAGCACCUGUGGUGGUGGCGGCAGCAGCUCAGCAGCAGUAUGUGGCAGAACUGCAAGGUGCGCAACAACAACAGCCCACCCCGAAGCAGUAUGUCUCAGAAAUCCCGCCUUCCCAGACGCAGGCUCCACCUACUGGACAACAAACACCAGCACCAACACCUCAACAGUACAUUGUAGUGACAGUCUCUGAAGGCUCCAUGAGGCCCAGCGACACAGUUUCAGAGUCCAGUCCAGGCUCCACAGCCACACAGUCAGGGGUACCAACUCAGGUGGUACAGCAAGUCCAGGCUACUCAGCAGAGGUUACUGGUCCAAGCCAAUGUGCAAACAAAGCCUGGGACAGUUUCUCCUCUUCAGCUUACAAGUGUGCAAGUACCUCAACAGCGGCUGGUGGUACAGAGUACUUCACAGGCUGGUAAAGGAGGACCAGUCACGCUGGCCAUCCAUGGCGUGCAGCAGGUCCACUCUUCACCGGAGCACUCCCCAGUCCAGAACAACAGCUCUGCCACUAAAGCGGGACAAGUACAGCAGCUCCAGGUCCACGGAGUCCAGCAAGUGCCUGUUGCACAAGAGAGAUCUGUUGUGCAGACGACUCCCUCCGCUCCCAAAGCGGGCACAGUGCAACAGCUGGCAGUGCAAGGGCUCCAACAGGUGCAUGUUACUCAAGAGAGUGCAGGCAGUGGCCCUUCUAAGAGCAGUCAGCAGUCGCAGCAGCAUCAGCAGCAGGAGGAGCAACAAGGAGUUCAGCAAGGUUUCUCUCUAGAGUGCAGCAGCAGCAGCAGCAGCAAUGGCAGCGGCGGCAGCGGCAGCAGCAGCAGUGCACCCCAGCUGGCUGGCUGCUGUCUAUCCAGCCCAGAGCACAGGCUUCACUACAUGCAUUCCCUAGAUUCCGCCUCGGAGCAGUGGGUGGAACUGGUCCGCAUGCUUCCUCAGCCGCUCCUCCUGCCACAACAGAAGGUGGUGAUAGAGCAGCUACCCUUCCUCUCUUCUCACCACUCCAGCCCUGACCAGAGAGUCAAGAUUCAGAGAGUCCCUCAGGUGCUAGUGUUUGGAACAGCAGCGACAGCACUUAAAGUGCAGCAGCUCCAGCAGGUGCCCGUGCAGCAUGUCUAUCCUAACCAGGUACAAUACGUGGAAGGAGGAGACGCCAGCUACACAGCCAGUACCAUACGCUCCAACACUUACCCGUACACGGAGACCCCUCUCUACACCCAGAACGCGGGGGCAAACUACUAUGAGUCUCAAGGCACCUCGACUCAAGUCUCCACCCCAGCAACCUCUCAGACAGUGGCCAGCAGUGGCUCGGUGCCCAUGUAUGUCUCUGGAGGGCAGAUCAUAGCCAACCCAAAUGGAGGCAGCAGUGCUGGAGGCAGCAGCAGUGGAAGUAGUGGUGGCGGCAGCACAGCUGGCAGUGGAGGCAGUGGUGGAAGUGGCGGCACAGGGACCUACGUGAUUCAAGGAGGUUACAUGUUGGGAAGUUCAAGCCAGUCGUAUUCACACACCACCCGGGCCUCCCCAGCAACUGUCCAGUGGCUGUUGGAUAACUAUGAGACGGCAGAGGGCGUGAGCCUUCCACGUAGUACUUUGUACUGCCAUUACCUCCUGCAUUGCCAGGAGCAGAAACUGGAGCCGGUCAAUGCAGCAUCUUUUGGCAAGCUGAUCCGCUCAGUGUUCAUGGGUCUCCGUACUCGCCGGCUGGGAACCAGAGGGAAUUCCAAAUACCACUACUAUGGGCUGCGUAUCAAAGCCAAUUCCCCAUUGCUGCGGCUCAUGGAAGAUCAACAGCACCUUGCCAUGAGGCAACAGCCCUUUUCCCAGAAGCAAAGGCUGAAACCCAUUCAGAAGAUGGAAGGCAUGACCAAUGGAGUGGCUGUGGGGCAGCAGCAGGCUUCUGGGCUGUCCGACAUCAGUGCCCAAGUGCAACAGUACCAACAGUUCCUGGAUCCCUCUCGCAGUCUGCCUGACUUUGCAGAGUUAGACCUACAAGGGAAGACCCUCCCUGAGGGCAUUGGGCCUGAAGAUGUAAAGGCUUUCCAGUUGCUCUAUCGAGAGCAUUGUGAGGCCAUUGUUGAUGUGAUGGUCAACUUGCAGUUCACACUAGUGGAAACACUCUGGAAGACGUUUUGGCGGUACAAUAUGAACCAGCCCAGUGAAGCUACCCCUAUUGUUAUCCAUGAUGAAGCUGAGAAGCGUCUUCCGAAGAGCUGCUUGGUGGUGCUGUCCAAGUAUGAGCCUGUCCUCAAGUGGACAAAGGACUGUGACAACUUGUUGUACCAGGGGCUGGUGGAGGUCCUGAUCCCAGAAGUGCUCCGGCCCAUUCCGAGUGCCUUGACGCAAGCGAUCCGAAAUUUUGCAAAAAGUUUGGAGAGCUGGCUGACAAAUGCCAUGAUGAAUAUUCCAGAAGAGAUGGUCCGUGUAAAGGUGGCAGCAGCAAGUGCCUUUGCUCAGACCCUGCGGCGUUACACCUCCCUGAACCAUCUUGCCCAGGCUGCUCGGGCUGUCUUGCAGAACACAGCUCAGAUUAAUCAGAUGCUAAGUGACCUCAACCGGGUGGAUUUUGCAAAUGUCCAGGAGCAGGCCUCGUGGGUGUGUCGGUGUGAGGAUCGUGUGGUGCAGCGCCUCGAGCAGGACUUCAAGAUGACUUUGCAGCAACAGAAUUCCCUUGAGCAAUGGGCAGUGUGGCUGGAUGGUGUCGUCAGCCAAGUUCUAAAGCCCUACCAGGGCAGCCCCAGCUUUCCCAAAGCAGCCAAACUAUUUCUCCUCAAGUGGUCCUUCUACAGCUCCAUGGUGAUUCGGGAUCUGACUCUGCGGAGUGCAGCUAGUUUUGGUUCCUUCCAUCUCAUCCGUCUCCUCUAUGAUGAGUACAUGUACUACCUGAUAGAACACCGUGUGGCCCAGGCCAAGGGCGAGACGCCCAUUGCUGUCAUGGGAGAGUUUGCAAACCUGGCAAGUUCCUUGAAUCCCUUGGACCCAGAUAAAGAUGAGGAGGAGGAGGAGGAAGAAGAAAGUGAUGAGGAAAUGCCUCAGGAAUUGUCUCUCAGCUCCAAUGAGUCCAGCAGCUUAACAGCCGAGCCCAUGGAGCCACCCUCGAAGCUGGCACGGACAGAUUCACAGGGCAUCUUUGUGCAAGCGCUGCCCUCCAGUUAGAGUGACCAGCGAGGGAUUGACUGUGAAGUGGCCCAGCAGAAGGCCGGGGUGCACCUUGUGCUGUGUUGUGCUGCCCUGUGAUAAAGAUGAGCUGUUCCCUGUCUCUGAGUGGUAUGCAAUGCGCUUUCAUUUCACCCCUCUCCUGUACCCACCUCCAGUCCAGCCCAGCCAAGUUCCCUUAAGUUAGGGAUGUUCGCCUAAGUCCUGCCAGGCCCACAACAGCACCAAGGGAUGCCAGGCCAGGCCUGGGUUUUGCUGCUCAGGUCGGUUGGUUCCUGCCUCUUCCCAGCUACCUUUCUGGCUACAGGAGGUAGUUAGAAACCAGCUUGGACCUUAUCUCGGACACCCUUUAUCCAUGGCUCACUUUGUCAUUUGGAGAGAGGGUGUGUGCUUGUCCAAGCAUAGUCCUCAACUUGCUAGGGACUCCCACUCGUGAUGCUUGGAUGGGAUGUAAUCUGACAUUGUAACACUGGCUCAGGCUCGCCUAGAAGCUGGCCUUUUCUAUCUUGUGGCCAGUACUCAGCUAUGCACCCUAUUUGGCAAACCUGAGCAACCCUUACUCAGCACUCAGAUGCGCCUUGGAGAUGCGAAUUCCACCUGCUUCUGGGAGCAUGGCUGGAUGUCACUGUGUGGUGGGAAGCUUUCUUUGUGUCCGCCAAGGAGUUACACUUUUUCCUGGGUAUCUGUCUGCCUUAGUUUUGUGCUUUUGUUGUUGGGUACACUGGGUCUCCAGAAGCUUGGGAAGCAAACAACUCACAUCAACAGCUUGAGAGUCAGAUUCUGUGUUGUACACAUCCCACAGCUUCCAUGUGGACUGUAGCUUUUUGUGGCAGGAGUUGAAACCCACAGUGGGUCUCCUCAGUGUGGUGUUUGUGUGACUUAAUCUGGUGGGGUGGAGCAGGAUGGCAACUUGGAAGAGAACUGCACAUGUUCCAUGCAUCCCAGCCAUGUCCCUCCAAGUUUCCAUUUCCCAGCAAUGUGUGCCUACUGACCAUGUGCAUGUGCCAUCAGUUGUAUCCGCCUUGGAAGAGUAAGGAGCCUCCAGGCAAGGUCUUUUGUGAGCAGAAUAGGCACUCUAAACCUACCGUGUCAUGGCCUAGGAGCUGAUAUUCCUAGAUGUGGCUGGCAGUUCUAGAUUUGUUACAGUGCUCAUGCUGAUCCUCCAGGUGCUUAGGAGUAGACUGCCCUGCGCUUACUCUUCUGGACAGCUCACUUCAGGCCUUUGCUGGGUUUAGAAGGCGUUAAAAAUCAAGACUCACAAAAGGCAUGUCUAAUGUCACAGAUGCCUCUUAUGUAUGGUGCAAUGGAACUCUUGUAAACCCUUUUGACUUUCUAUUACUGCC